UGUCAAAAUAAACAAAAAGGGUGUGGAUAGUGAGUAAUUUCUAAUUUAUGUGUAAAAACUUAAGUAUAUUAUAAACAUUUUUCUUCGAGUAUCUCAUCAUGAGGGAAGAAGAAAAGAAUAAUUAUCCAAAAGCCUCAAAUUAUUUGGUAAAUGGAUCCCUCAUGACAUACAUUGGAGGAGUUUUCCUUAUGAUUGCAUUUUGUAGUCCAUACUGGGUAAAAUCAUAUGAUGAUACUUUCUCAGAGUUCAAGCACAUGGGACUGUGGGAAUAUUGUUUUGAUGGUUUCCGCUAUCCAUACUACCAAUUUGACCACCUCUUUGAUGGCUGCCACCAUGUAUUUAGUCAAGAAUUUUAUGUUAUUCGAGAAUGGUUACUACCUGGAUGGUUAAUGACAGUUCAAGCUUUUGUUACCAUGUCCUUUUUAUUAAGUUUUGGAGCACAAGUUGUUAUGGCUCUUCAAUUAACCAGGUGGCCUCUACAUUUUAUUUUACAAAGGGAAUACAUAUUGUCAUUUAUUAAUUUUGUUUGUGUCGCAACUAUAACUGGCUUCAUGUUUCUCGCCAUUGUCAUUUUUGGAGGUUCAUAUGUUCGUAGGGAUUGGCUGAUGUAUCCCAAUUUCAAUUACCUUUGUUGGUCAUAUGGCAUGGCAUGUAUUUCCUUAUUUUUCCAUGGUGUAGCAGCUUACUAUAUGUACAAAGAGUCAAAAUUUAGUUACGAAAGACGAAGAGAAUCGAAAAAUCUGAUUAUGCAAAUGCAACCGAAUCCACAACACAGAUUGGGAUGGAAUGUUCCAACAUAUUCAUUAAAUUAAAUCGAUACACUUGUUGAUUUAUUGUAUGUAUAGAAUUUGGAUUAGAAAACAGGGAAAUGAUAUUUGUAUGUACAAAGUUAUUUGAAUCUCAUAUUGUAUACAUACAGGUGUGACAUUUGCUAAUUUUCAUGGUAUUUCUUGAUAUUAUUAAUUAAAUAUCAAGUACCUAUGUUUACAAUAAGUGUAAUAUAAAUAUGGUUUUCUGAUAAAAACUAAAUUGAAUCCUGCACAUAACUGGUACAUAAGUACAUCUUAAGAGGAAACAGUAGCGAUCAACAGGUAGCAAAAACGCGUUCCAAGAUUGUGGCUGUAAUUUUGAAUAUUUUUUCGAGAUAUUUGGCACACGUAUUCGUAAUAUAAUAAAGAAUGGCGGUACAGAGCCCAA